GGGAUGAGGAGGCUGCAAGGGCAGAGGGAACUUCCAGGGUGAGAAGGCUGCUGGUGGGAAAAUUCUGGAGAGUUAAGAGUGGAACCCAGAAAGGAAUGAAGAUAAAGAACUGGGAAGUACCUGCCUAGAACUUUUAGGUUUUAAAACUACUACUGGAAAUCUGUACUUUGGGCUAUUAUGAAAGCUAAAGAAAUGGUCUACAAGCAUAUAUAAGAAUUUGAAGAUUUUAAUUGUUGCCAUAUAUCAUAUACAUAUAUAUCAUUUUUCUCUGGAGCUGAGAAACAUCAUGAGCACAACUCAAAGAAAGCGCCGAGGUGGAACAAUAAAUUCCAGGCAGUCUCAAAAACGAGAACGAUUAGGUCCAACUAUGGAGAUGACUUCAGAAGCCGAGCCAAUAGAACUUGUAGAAAGUGCUGGAGAAGAGGUGGUGGACCUCACCUGUGAAUCUACUGAACCGGUGGUAGUGGAUCUGACUCACAAUGAUUCUGUGGUGUUUGUUGAAGAAAAUCGAAGACAAAGGAGAAACCCAAGGAUGAGUCGAGGGCAACCUGACAGCUGUGUUUUAAGUAGUGAUGAUGAAGAAACAAGAGACAGUGAUGUGUAUGUGACAGAAAAUGCAUCCCGAGAAUCAGUUGUUUUGGAAGAAGAAACAUCAAGCAUAAGGCCUUCUGGUACUGUUAGUUGUCCAAUUUGCAUGGAUGGAUACUCGGAGAUUUUGCAAAGUGGACGACUUAUAGUCUCUACAAAAUGUGGUCACGUCUUCUGUAGCCAAUGCCUCCGUGAUGCCCUUAGAAAUGCUAGUUCCUGCCCAACUUGCCGGAAAAAGCUGAACCAGAAACAGUAUCAUCCAAUUUAUAUAUGAUAUGUACUAUGUUUCUCAGGACAGCCUUAUGUGGAUUCCUGUGAAAAUGUCCUGAGUUUGUCAACAUACCUGACAGUAAGGAGAACUGAUUUUAAAAACGAUUUUACCUGGGGUGUUUGUAAGCAGAUUUUAUGGUCCAAGCUUAAAUGUCAUAAACCUAGCUCUUUUUUUUCCCCAUCACAUUUGAUAAGGUUGGGCUGAGUUUCUGAGGGUCUGUCAAAGUUAGUUGAGCCAUAUGUUUCUCUCAACAUAUUAUCCCUGUGUUUGACACAGCUUCUCUGUACCACUAGGGUGUGUAAGCUCUUGGGUUUCAAAGUCAUCUUAAUUGAGUAAUUGAAUCUCAUAAGCCUAAAAGAAUGAAAGGUAAGACAUCAGCAUAGAUGAGGGGCCUCUUUCCAUUUGCAAGAUGAAGAGGUGGGGAGGACAAUUGAAUCCUGCUCCCAGCAGGCCCAUCCGUUUCACAUGCUUUGGUGUAAAAAGCCUGUUUUUGAUUCACAUCCUAGCAGAAUGAAGGAUGUAAUGACAGGCCCUAAGUCUUCCCCUGGGAAAAAGAAUAUGCUGAUGUAUUGAAGAAAUUGCAGAGCUCCCCAAGCUCCCCAGGUGUAUAGCUGCUGGGUCUCUCUGGAACCUGGAAGCAAACUCACUAGAGGCUUUUUAUUUUUAUUAACUAUUAUGAAAAAAUUUCUUAUUGGCAAGGCCCAGAUUUUUCAAGCUUCAUUUGAUCAUUAGUCAUGUGUUUCUAUUUUAAGACUCAUAAUCUUAUUUUAAUUAGUGUCCAUUGUUCACUUUUCUUCUUUCCUCCCUUUACCUAAGUAAUCAUCAGUUGGUGAUCAGAGAGAGCUGUUUCAUAAAGUUUAAUGCCAAAUUAUAGAACUUGGGCUUCAGAACACAUCCCCUAUCAGUAAGGUUCUCUACAGUUAUCUCAGCCAUUUAUCAUUAUUAGAGGUCUUUGUGUCAGACUUUUAUAGAAAUUUUAUGCCCUUUAGCAUUUUAAGUUAGUGGCAUCUAAAAGAGUGAAUGAUCCAGUUCUGAGUAAUGAUAAGUUAUAGAUUUUUUUUUUGCACAAAGAAAUUGAACCAUAUCCUAAGUGAGAUUGCUAACUAGGUUCCCUCCUUCUUAAAGACUCAGUUUUGUAAUAAAGCUUGUUGCUUUUGAAAUUCUCAUUGAAUUGGGGCAGAAGUAGUUCAGACUUUCACAUUCCUGCGAAAGGCUGGAUAUUGACAGUGGCAUUAAUUUCUCUCUUUGCCACGUCUAUCUGCUGUUCAUAUUCUCAGGAAUGUUGAUAAUGUGGUAAUGUUAUAAACUUGCCCCAAAGAUACAAAGUAUGGGGCACAAAAAAAGCUUAAUUUUUGUAUUAUAAUAAAAACUUUUAUGUUAUUGCCUUCUUAUCCCUUGAAUGUCCCCUCAUCAAGUGGUUGGGGCAGGGGAAACAACUCCAUUUUUCCUCCCAGCAUGUAUUUUGCAGGUGAUGGAAGUAGUUUGUGACAUUACUUAGCUACUUGGAAGGAAAUCAGUUCACUGCAACUUCAGUCCAAGUCAUCUCUGCCUGUUUGUUGUUAAUCAUAUCAGUAGUGUUCACCCCCUGUUUUGUGGUGGGAAUUAAUUUUUUGAAUCUGUGCCUAAUUGAGAUAGACUUUGUUUUAAGAAUCUCUUGGUGUGUGUAAUUUUUCAUCAUCUAUGAAACCCUUUGCUUUUUGAUGGUCCAUGCCUGUUGAGUUGAUGCAGUCUUGCCUCCAUACAAACCAUGAUGCUUGCCUACUGAAAAAUUGUGGGUUUUGUCCUUUGCUUCUAUCUUUUUAUCUGGGGAAAGCUGAUAAACUUUAAUCUGUACUUUGGAAUUGCUUGUUUUUCACAUCAGUUAAGAAUUCUUAAAAUCUUGUAUUUCUUGUCCAUAACCUCCUAGCAUUAUUUACUUAAAACAAAAUGAAGUUUUGUUAUGGCUGUUUAGAAAGAAACAAUUCUAGCUUUGCUACUGGUAACCAACUUUAAGUUGGAUGAAACAAAUUACUGUAUAAAACUUAAUUUAAAAUUUAAAAUGAGUAUUUCCCCCUUGCCACAGGAAAAAGCAGUUGUAUUAGCAAUCCUGAUUUUUAAAAAUUGCAUUAAAUAUCUUUUUAGUUAUAAUAUAUGUCAUUUUUUAUUCAUCAGCAAGAAUAGGAGUGUAUUAAAGAUUAAUUUGGGCUGAUAUGUGUAUAGCUUUCUGGUUUUAGCUUUAGUUUUGAAUGAUAUUUUUGAUAAGUUUGUAUUUCCAAGUAAAUAUUUAUUUUUUUUGUCCUGUAUUAACUGUAUUGAUGUGUAAGAUCUUUAAGAAAAAUAUCUAUAGAAUACACAGCAGGUUCUCUGGCUAUUUUGUUUUGUGACUCUUCUUGAAAACCUAGACCUGUCCAAUUCUCUAAGCUGUUGAUAUCAAAUGUUAUUGUAUUAUUUCAUUGUAAAUCUAAAUUGAAAAGAUAAUAUUUAGUUGUAGUUAUUUACUUAGUAUAUAGCACGCGUAUAGUUUUCCAAAACUGCUAAAUAUAAAACAGGCUGAUUAUGUAAAAAAUCAUACUUUUACUUUAUCUGUGUAUAUAGUUCUUUUUUUUUGUUGUUGUUGUUAUUUAAAUUGUAUCCAUGUCCAUGUGUCAGGUCUGUUUUGAACUUCAGCUAAAUGGUUGUUAAUUAAGAUGAAAAUAAACCCAUUAAUUUGAUGUA